UGAUCCUUACUGGCGCAAUAUUUUUAUAAACCUGCAGAACUAUAAAUAAAAUAGAAAUAUAAGUGCUAUAAAAUCCUUUAAAAUGUCGGAAGAUGCUUUAAUCGUGUCGUACAGCGAGCUGCAGGCCAUAGACCAAGAAGAUAUUAUCAUGUUGGUGGACGUGCAAACGGCUAUAAAGAUCUGCAAUGAAUCUCUGUCAAACGAAUCUGCAAAACCGGCAGAUGUUUUGCUUCUAUGGCUAAGUAAAUUGUUAAGAGCCUAUGUGGAGGAGGCGGUCUGCUGUGUCAAUGCGAUCAAGGAAAUGUGGUCCUGGCUCGGAAGGGUUACAGCAGAUGCGCAAGACGCUCGCCUUGCCAUUGUCACCGAGGCUCUGAACUUUACAACAGUUUUUAGGGAACAGCUUCUGAAGGGCGGUGAACGUCUGGUGCAUAGCUCGGCCUUUUUCUUGUUAACCGUGAUCAAUAGGUUUUCCAGCAAUCGAGGUAUCUUAAAGAUCUGCAUCGAUCUACACUUGCUUGUUCUGUCCCUUCUGAGAGAUAGCACAGCUAGAUCCGAAACUGUGAACUUUCGCAAUAUUCCCCUGAUUAAGGAAAUGACUGCCAUUGCCGAAUAUUUAGGAGAAAGAAUUACCCAUCUGCAGGUAUCAAUAAGGACCAGUGAGACGGUGACUUUCAUGUGCGUUCAUUACUUGAAGUUAAUAAAACAGCAGCCCAAAAAGGAGCAGGAGCCUAUGUCCGAGUGGCUAAAAGACACAUUGGUGCACCUUUGUGACUCAGUUUGCAGUCAAUUGGAGACUGUUCAUAAAAAAGAAACACUCGCUGUCCCAUUGGAGAAGAUAGAAGACUAUGUUAAGGUUACACAAACUUACCUGCUAAUGAUACAAGAGAUUUUUCGAGUUGGUGGUACGAUGCAUCUGCAUGAAGACGUUUCUUCUGGCCUUUUAGAAAUAAUCAGUGAACCAGAACACUCACAUGAUUUGGGGAAAGAUAUUCCUAAACUUGUAUCUACUUACGUUAAACCGUAUGUCAUGCAACUCUUUGAGCUUGUUUAUUUAUUGCCCGACUUUCAAGAGUAUUUAAUACAAAAUCUGGAUUCCAAUGAGGAUUCCUUCAAUGUUUGCCUGGAUUUUGUCACUGUGGUAUGCACGGACAAUACGGCUGUCUCUCCAAAUACUUGCCAAAUACUACAAAAAAUAUUCGAGUACAUGUUCAUAGAUGCCACUAACUUCGUGCACGAGGAAAAUUACGAGCGAAUAAUUGAGGGUUUUGGUAGCCUCUUGUACUUGCUGGACAACGAAAUCAUGCAUAACUACUUCUGUGCUGGCUUAUUUCAAAAGGAUAUAGUCAAAUCUCAAGCGUGUGCCGAUGUCCUCAUGCUCUGCUUUCGACUGAUAGAAGUGAAUAAGGGAUGGGACAGUAGGGCCAUAGAGCAGGCUGCUAGAUUCUGGAAUGAGUGCAACAACUCAUAUGCCUUGUUCUCGCACAAUCCAAGCCAAUGGCAUGUGCAGCGUUUUGUAAAAUAUUUUCACAUCAUGGGACGCCAGAAACUUCCUACCCUUAGCCUGCGAAAUUAUCGACACUUAUCGGCGGUGAUCGGUUCCAGUGAUCAAAUAAGGCAAAAGCUUUUAAAGCACUUGGAUAAUAUCACAUCUGAUGUUCCAACGGAAAUAGGCAAUUACUACGAUAUCAUUGGUGUUCUGGAAAUUCUGGCGCAACUGGGUCAAACCAACUGCUCACAGUGGUUUACGCGAACGUCGGAAAUGGCCAAACAGCUGAUGACCGUUGAUAAGAGCUCGACGUUUGUCAGUGCCUACUUCAGGCUGCUAUUAGCUUCGGAUAAAGCUACUCAAUUGGUGGUGUUGCGGGGCCUUGAUCCAGUCAUUGGCUGCUCCAACUGGCAGCGACAAAAGUUCCUCUCCUUUUGCCAGUCCAGCACUGAUGCGCAACUAAGAGCAUUCAGUGCACGUCACACCAUUAAAGGCGAUGUGCAGCUCCUGUUUGAAGCCUUGCUGGGAAAACCUAAAGAUCUAGACUUCUCUCUAGAUGCCACCUGCCAAGAGCUAAGUAAAGCGAGUUAUUUUCGCGAAGUCGAACACAAGUGUCAGCCGGAAGCCAACCUAAAGCGUAAAAGAGAAGAAAGUACGCCUAGACAAAUUCUACAAGCCCUGUACGAGGGCUCUCUUCAAUUAGGACAAUGCAGCAAGGACACCUUCAAUGACGCCGACAUAGAACUACACAAAAAAGUUAUUGCCAAUCUGAACAGUAUAUUACCAAGAUUUUGAGUUAUGAAUUAACCAUGAGUUUUAUCUAUUU